CUGCACAAUGAUGUAUGUGUUGUCGUCAGGGCUCUCAGGGAACAGCUUGGAAAGGCAUGUCCUUGGGUUGCCUAGCUUCGUCUUGUCGUCCAGAUCAUCGAGCGUGAUGAUGUUCUCGUCCCCGGCAUUCUCGUCAACGGGAAUUGUGGCUCGCCAGAGAACCAAUCCUUGGCGUCAAUGUGGUUAAAGGCGCUUGGAUUUUGGCCUUGAUGAGCUCUUGAGUUCGUCAAUGGUUGAUAUGGAUGUUGCCUUGACCGAGAACGCGUUGGCUGUGGACUCGCCGUCGACGACACAGAAGAGGGUGAGUGCGUUUGCCGCCAUGGAUGAGAGGGGCGUUAUCUGGGAUGGAAUGGGAUGUGAGGCGCGGGAAGCCGUUGAUGGGUGUGGGUUGUCUGGAAGGCAAUGAACAAGAGUGUUGUGAGAAUGGAGCAAAACGCGUUUUGAUGAAUUUGCCUCGAUGACAUGACUCAGAUAUUCGGAUCCAAUUAUUUCGCAUACGACAAGAGUCUUCAGGAGGGUCCUCAAAACAGAUCUUAUGCAUGGGCGGAUGAAAACUCGAACACGUUCUUCGUGGCGUUCGCGAGCAGCACAUCAAGGAAUGGCAAGAACCCGUUUUAUGAGUACUCGAGCUAUGAAGACUUGUCUGCAUCCUUGCGCGCAUACACUAACGUCCCGGACGAAGACAAAUGCUUUACGGAGCAAAUUCGUGAAGGCCGUCCGUGCUCUGAAUACUAUGACAUCGACCUGGCCCUUGACAUCGACAAUGCUCUUGAUUCUAGUGCGAGUGGCAUUGCUUCGCUUGAACAACAGGUGUUUGCCGAGUUUCUUAUCGCACGCAACCAUUUCGCGCCCAAUUACGCAGUGACUACAUAUGCGUUCAAGGAUAACAACAAGCACAUGAAGGCAUUUAUGGUCCAGUUCCAACGUGAUAGACGCGAUCAAGGCCAGAAGAUCGAGAAUAGCCAAUUGCUCGAGCAUAUCGACAUGGGUGUCUAUAACAGGAACAGACCCAUGCGGAUUAUAGGGAGCCAUAAGCGUGAGGAUCCCAGUCGCCCCUUGCAAAGAGCCCUUUGGCAUGAUGCGUCCAUGGCAGCCGAGGACAGAGAGUUCUUCAUCACCAACGUUCAUCCCGACUGUAUCUUAGUUGCAGACAUGACUGCAGUCGAUAAACCGUCAUCGCCAGCUCGUCAAACCACCCUACCAACCCAGGAGACCAGCCGGUUACAUGCACCACCAUCCUCUCAGAUACCACAACAUAUUGUUAAAGCCUUGCAAAACGAAUACAUGCAGUACAAGCAUGCAGGGCAGUAUGAGAUGCAGUAUGAUGGGCAUGCCUCCACUCUCCUGGAUGCAGAUAUGACCUACAAUGCCCAGUUUGUCAAGCAUGAGUUCCUGUCGCCACUGUCAGAACCCUUGAAACGUCGCAACGGCAAGUUCGAUAUAUGCGUACGAGCAGAGACAAGUGCCUUAACGUGGUGCAGAUGGGUAGUGCUUUAUAAGGGCCGUCUGCCAGGAAAUAAAGAUCCCUCUCUUGUCUUGUUGACUUUCUGUCUUCUAGUUAUUCGAUCUGCUACGGGAACAGGCAAGACCGUAUUUGUGGAGCAGCUCGUCAAUGCGAACAGAAGAUUCAAAUUCGUUGCAGUAACGUGUAGAAGGACAUUGGCUGACAUGCUUGGGGUGCGCCUUGGGUUCUCGAACUACCAAGAUAUCCGCAAAGAGACUAUUGAAUGUGAUAGGGUCGUGGUCCAAGCAGAGUCGCUGCACAGACUUGAAUUGGGUUUCUAUGGAGAGAACGUCAUCUUUUUGAUCCUCGAUGAGUUCAGCUCACUGUGUGAGCAGAUGACGAGUGUCACAACAAUGGGCGAUAUGCAUGACCUUAACGGUCAGAUACUGCGAGAGUUCAUCAAAGGCGUGACCCGAGUUGUCUGUCUUGAUGCUGACCUCACCAACGACGAGGUGCAGCUUGUAAAGAGUCUGCGUGAUGAUGUGCAUGUCAUCCACAACACCUUCAAGCCACAGGAAGGCGACCAAGUCAUGAUGUACGAGUCCGAAUCGCUGUUGAAUCUCAAGUUCUAUUUACAACAGGAGUUACCACGCGAAUAGGACUUCGGCAAGGGCGCGCUUUGG